UUGAGACCGCAAUCGCUACCGAGAAGAUGCUACUCCGACAAGAAGCCCGCCGCGCCGCCGCCCGCCGCCGAAGAUGACGUCCCCGACCACCGAAAGCUAGGCGUACAGCAGGAGCUCUUCACCACCUCCGUCUACAGCCCCGGCUCCCCCAUCUUCCUCCCGAACGGCACCCGAGUCUUCAACCGCCUGGUGGACUUCCUGCGACGGCAGUACGUCCACUACGGCUUCGACGAGGUCAUCACGCCGAACAUCUACAAGAAGUCCCUCUGGGAGGUCUCGGGCCACCUGCAGAACUAUGCCGACGACAUGUACACCGUGACCAGCCGCGCCCGCGCGCCCGAGGCGGCCGCUUCGUCAAGCUGCUGCGACGGCGACAGAGAAGCCCCCCACGAGAGCGAGGGCGCCGAGCGCCGGCUGGCGGAGGGCGAGGACGACGACUACGGCCUCAAGCCCAUGAACUGCCCGGGCCACUGCCUCAUCUUCGCCUCCAAGAACCGCAGCUACCGCGACCUCCCCAUCCGCUACGCCGACUUCAGCCCCCUCCACCGCAACGAGAUCUCGGGCGCGCUCAGCGGCCUCACGCGCGUGCGCCGCUUCCACCAGGACGACGGCCACAUCUUCUGCCGGCCGAUCCAGAUCAGGGAGGAGGUCUUCAAGACGCUCGACUUCAUGAAGACGGUCUACGGCGCGCUGGGGCUCGACUACUUCGACUUCGCGCUGUCCACGCGGCCGGCGGACCACUACAUUGGCACCGACGCCGAGUGGGAGCGGGCCGAAUCCCAGCUGCGGGGUGCCCUGGAGCAGGCCGGGCUGGAAUACACGAUCAAGGAAGGGGACGGGGCCUUCUACGGACCCAAGAUCGACGUCAUGCUCCACGACUCCCACGGGAAGUCGCACCAGGCCGGCACGAUCCAGCUCGACUUCCAACUCCCCCAGAGAUUCCAGCUGGAGUACAGUGCGCCGGCGCCGGAGCUCGAGGCCCAGGGCGUGCCGCUUGAGGGCCUCGACGCGGCGCAGCUGGAGAACUACGGUCCGGCGACGCCCGUGAUGAUUCACCGCGCCAUCCUGGGAUCCGUGGAGCGUCUGAUGGCGCUCCUGAUCGAGGAGUACAAGGGCAAGUGGCCUUUCUGGCUCAACCCGCGCCAAUGCGCUAUCCUGACCCUCAAUGACACGGAGCCCGUCGUUCAGUGGGCCUCCCAGAUCAAGGACGUCCUGACGGGGCACGAGCACGACAAGAAGAGGCAGCCGCGGCCGACGGGCUUUGCGAUUGAGAUUGAUGCUAGCCCGCGUCCGCUGGCGAAGAAGCUGGCAGAAGCGCAGAGCAAGCAAUACGGCGUGAUCGUCGUCGUGGGCAAGAAGAACGUUGAGAGCGGGACUCUGACCGUCAAUGACAAGGAGGCUGGCAGCAAGGGGCGGAAUGACAUGAGCCCCGGAGAUCUGCUUGAGAAGAUGAAAGAGAUGGCGGCGACGUACCAAUAG